GCGGGCGGCGCGGGGAGCCGAUCGCCGGGUGCGGGCGGGCGGCCGGCUCGGCGGGGCCCGGCGCGGGAAGAUGCUGCAGUCCCUGGCGGGCAGCUCGUGCGGGCGCCUGGUGGAGCGGCACCGCUCGGCCUGGUGCUUCGGCCUGCUGGUGCUCGGCUACCUGCUCUACCUGGUCUUCGGCGCCGUGGUCUUCUCGUCCGUGGAGCUGCCGUACGAGGACCUGCUGCGCCAGGAGCUGCGCAAGCUCAAGCGGCGCUUCCUGGAGCAGCACGAGUGCCUGUCGGAGGCGCAGCUCGAGCGCUUCCUGGGCCGCGUGCUGGAGGCCAGCAACUACGGCGUGUCGGCGCUGGGCAACGCCUCGGGCAGCUGGAACUGGGACUUCACCUCCGCGCUCUUCUUCGCCAGCACCGUGCUCUCCACCACCGGCUAUGGCCACACGGUGCCCUUGUCGGACGGGGGCAAGGCCUUCUGCAUCAUCUACUCCAUCAUCGGCAUCCCCUUCACCCUGCUGUUCCUGACGGCCGUGGUGCAGCGCGUCACCAUCCACGUGACCCGCCGGCCCGUGCUCUACGUGCACCGGCGCUGGGGCUUCUCCAAGCAGCUGGUGGCCCUGGUCCACGCCGUGCUGCUGGGCGUGGCCACCGUGUCCUGCUUCUUCUUCAUCCCGGCCGCCGUGUUCUCGGUGCUGGAGGACGACUGGAACUUCCUGGAGUCCUUUUACUUCUGCUUCAUCUCGCUGAGCACCAUCGGCCUGGGCGACUACGUCCCGGGGGAGGGCUACAACCAGAAGUUCCGGGAGCUCUACAAGCUGGGCAUCACCUGUUACCUGCUGCUCGGCCUCGUGGCCAUGCUGGUGGUGCUGGAAACCUUCUGCGAGCUGCACGAGCUGAAGAAGUUCCGCAAGAUGUUCUACGUCAAGAAGGACAAGGACGAGGACCAGGUGCACAUCAUGGAGCACGACCAGCUGUCCUUCUCCUCCAUCACGGACCAGGCGGCCGGCGGGAAGGAGGACCAGAAGCCCGACGAGCCCUUCGUGGGCCCGGAGCCGCCCGUCCACGCCGACGGCCCCCCACAGCGCUGAGCGCGGGCCUGGUCCUCCUCCCGCACCGGGUGGGGCGGGGCAGGGAGAGGUUUCGCUUUGUUCGUCUUAGGAGAAUACAAAAGCCAAAACGAUAUUGUAACAAGCACCCGCCGUCGGUAAUAUUCGAAACGAGACAGAAAGGGGGACGCAGAAAGCUUUUGCCUCCCGAGGACUGAUAUCUGAGGACACGGGGUAUGUACCUGUCAUUCCUCCGAAGCACGAUGAUCCAGACUGUGUAGUGGGGUGAGGACCGCUGUGGGUAGAAGCAGGUUUUCUACUUUUCAUUGGGGACGUUAGGGUUUGCCUCGAAAUCAUCUAGCGGACGGCUCAAUAGCAACAUUUAUACUGAAAAGCAAAUGGGAAGCCUAGAGAUUUGUUUUAUAAAUUUAUGUGUAUGGGUUUGCAUGCGCCCGCCCGAAAUGAUUAUUUUUGUAGAACCUAAGAUAACCCUGUUAUUUAUAACGAAUAGGUGCCCAUGAACUGUGUACAUCCCGGGUAUACAUAUGUUCAUACUGUGGACAGAGGGGCCCAGGUCGGCGGUUCUCAGCAGACCUCCUCACCCGGGAUUGUAGCUGUCGUGUCUUUGGAUUCCUCUUUGGACUAAAGACCCGAGCGAGUGCGGCUGCGGUAUGAUAAGGGGGGGAACGCACGGGAGAGCGAAGGCCUGGCCUAUUCCGCUGCAAUAAACGUGUCCGUCCUCUUGCAAUAAAUAGUGCUCUCAGGU